GCUGGGCGCUGCGAGCUCGGCCCGGGAGCGCGGGCGGCGGGAGAGUCGCGUGUCGCCUGCUCACUGGCGCCGCCGCCGCCGCCAAGCCCCGCCUCGGCCUCGUCGCAGGUGGCGCGGCGGACGGAGCGCGGCCGGGCCGGGGCUCCGGGGGACCGCGAAGGCGCGUGUGCGCGGCCGCGCGGCCGGUGACAGUGAUCGUGAUGCUGUGUCGUCCGUCCGGGUGGUGCGGCGGUGAGAUACCGUCUGUUUGCUGUGCUGCACAAAGUCCAGGGACUUGCUCUACGAUGGGCCUUCUGACUGUGUUCACCGGAUUGUGGCUGGUUUCCUUGGUCAGGGCAGAUUCCAAGGCGGUUACAACCUCUCUUACAACAAAGUGGCUUUCCACACCGCUGUUGCUAGAAGCCAGUGAGUUUUUAGCAGAAGACAGUCAAGAGAAAUUUUGGAAUUUUGUAGAAGCCAGUCAAAAUAUUGGAUCAUCUGAUCACGGUACUGAUUAUUCCCGUUACCAUGCAAUACUGGAGACUGCCUUUCAGUUUCUCUCACCUCUGCAGCAGAAUUUGUUGAAGUUCUGUCUGUCGCUUCGCUCGUACUCGGCCACCAUCCAGGCCUUCCAGCAGAUAGCAGCCGACGAACCUCCCCCUGAAGGAUGUGCCUCCUUCCUUUCGGUACACGGAGAGAAGACUUGUGACUUUGAUGCCCUUGACACUCUGCUGAAGACAGCUGCUGAGAGACGCAAACCUUUGCUCUUCAAAGGCGACCACGUCUAUCGCUCGGCUAAUCCUGACAGCCCGGUGGUGAUCUUCUACUCUGAAAUUGGCCAUGAGGAAUUUUAUAAUUUCCAUCACCAGCUCGUAUCAAAGAGUAAUGCAGGCGAGAUCAGUUAUGUACUUCGGCAUUACAUAUCUAACCCCAGGAAGGAGCCUGUCUACCUCUCUGGCUAUGGCGUGGAGUUGGCCAUUAAGAGCACUGAGUACAAGGCCAAGGACGAUACUCAGGUGAAAGGAGCUGAAGUGAACACCACGGUGAUCGGAGAAAAUGAUCCCAUUGAUGAAGUUCAGGGGUUUCUCUUUGGAAAAUUGAGGGACCUGCACCCCCAGCUGAGGGAGCAGCUGAAAGAGCUCAGGAGGCAUCUCGUGGAGAGCACGAAUGAAAUGGCACCUUUAAAGGUCUGGCAGCUGCAAGACUUAAGUUUCCAGACCGCCGCCCGGAUCUUGGCUGCCCCUGUUGAGUUAGCGUUGGUGGUCAUGAAGGAUCUUAGUCAGAACUUCCCAACGAAAGCCAGAGCAAUAACCAAAACAGCCGUGAGUUCGGAACUUCGAACCGAAGUAGAAGAGAAUCAGAAGUAUUUCAAGGGGACGUUAGGACUGCAGCCCGGGGAUUCGGCACUGUUCAUCAACGGGCUUCAUAUUGACCUGGACACACAGGACGUAUUCAGUCUGUUCGACGUGCUGAGGAACGAAGCCCGCGUGAUGGAAGGGCUGCACAGGCUGGGGAUAGAAGGCGCCGCUCUGCAUAACGUCUUGAAGCUGAACAUCCAGCCGUCCGAGGCCGACUAUGCAGUGGAUAUCAGGUGCCCUGCAAUCUCAUGGAUCAACAACCUGGAAGUGGAUAGCAGGUAUAAUUCGUGGCCCUCUAGUCUCCAAGAACUGCUUCGACCGACCUUCCCUGGAGUCAUCCGGCAGAUCAGGAAAAACUUGCAUAACAUGGUGUUCAUUGUUGACCCUACGCACGAGUCCACAGCGGAACUAAUCAACACUGCCGAGAUGUUCCUCAGUAACCACAUACCGCUCAGACUCGGCUUCAUCUUCGUGGUCAAUGACUCUGAAGACGCCGACGGGACUGAGGAUGCCGGCGUGGCCGUCCUGAGAGCGUUUAACUACGUCGCCCAGGAGGUGGACGGGUACCACGCCUUCCAGGCUCUGACGCAGAUCUAUAACAAAGUGAGAACCGGGGAGAAGGUGAAGGUGGAGCACGUGGUCAGCGUCCUGGAGAGUAAAUACCCGUAUUCGGAAGCGAGCAUUAUCCUGGGCGUUAAUUCUGCCUACGAUCAGAACCGGAAGGAGGGAAGAGUCUACUCCGAGCAGACAGGGGUCGGGCCCCUGCCCGUCGUUUUGUUUAACGGGAUGCCCCUUGAGAAGGAGCAGCUGGACCCCGAUGAGCUGGAGACAGUGACCAUGCACAAGAUCCUGGAGACGACCGCCUUCUUCCAGAGGGCAGUGUACCUGGGAGAAUUUUCUCAUGAUCAAGAUGUGGUGGAGUAUAUCAUGAAUCAACCAAAUGUUGUUCCACGCAUUAAUUCAAGAAUUUUGACAGCUGAGCGAGAGUACCUGGAUUUAACAGCGACCAAUAACUUUUUUGUGGAUGAUUUUGCUAGAUUUACUGUCUUGGAUUCCCCAGGCAAGACCGCAGCAAUAGCCAAUAGUAUGCACUACUUGACAAAGAAAGGAAUGUCGUCCAAGGAAAUCUAUGAUGAUUCUUUCAUUAGGCCAGUAACUUUCUGGAUCGUUGCGGAUUUUGAUAGCCCUUCUGGAAGACAGUUAUUGUAUGAUGCUAUUAAGCAUCAGAAAUCCAGUAACAACGUGCGGAUAAGCAUGAUCAACAACCCCAGCGGGGACGUCAGCUACGAGAACACGCGCAUCUCCAGGGCCAUCUGGGCGGCCCUCCAGACACAGACCUCCAACCUGGCAAAGAAUUUCAUCACGAAAAUGGUCAAGGAGGAGACGGCGCAGGCCCUGGCCGCGGGCACCGACAUGGGCGAGUUCUCCGUCGGGGGCAUGGAUUUCAGUCUUUUUAAAGAGGUCUUUGAGUCUACCAAAAUGGAUUUCAUUUUGUCUCAUGCCAUGUACUGCAGGGAUGUUCUGAAGUUGAAGAAGGGACAGAGGGCAGUGGUCAGCAACGGACGGGUAAUUGGUCCGCUGGAGGACAGCGAGCUCUUUAAUCAAGAUGAUUUCCACCUCCUGGAAAAUAUCAUAUUGAAAACAUCUGGACAGAAAAUCAAAUCUCAUAUUCAACAACUCCGGGUAGAAGAAGAUGUGGCAAGUGACUUGCUAAUGAAAGUGGACGCUCUUUUGUCAGCUCAGCCUAAAGGAGAUGCCAGGAUUGAGUACCAGUUUUUUGAAGACAGACACAGUGCGAUUAAGCUGCGGCCCAAGGAAGGGGAGACGUACUUCGAUGUCGUGGCCGUGGUCGACCCCGUCACCAGGGACGCACAGAGACUGGCUCCACUGCUCUCGGUUUUAACUCAGCUGAUCAACAUGAAUCUAAGAGUAUUUAUGAACUGCCAAUCCAAGCUUUCUGACAUGCCUUUAAAAAGCUUUUACCGUUAUGUCUUGGAACCAGAGAUUUCCUUCACCUCAGAUAACAGCUUUGCUAAGGGUCCGAUAGCAAAGUUCUUGGAUAUGCCGCAGUCUCCGCUAUUCACCCUGAAUUUGAACACCCCCGAGAGCUGGAUGGUAGAAUCUGUCAGGACCCCCUAUGACCUCGAUAAUAUUUAUUUAGAAGAGGUGGACAGUGUCGUGGCCGCGGAGUACGAGCUGGAGUACCUGCUCCUGGAGGGCCACUGCUACGACAUCACCACGGGCCAGCCGCCGCGGGGCCUGCAGUUCACCCUGGGCACGUCCACCGAGCCUGUCAUCGUGGACACCAUCGUCAUGGCCAAUCUGGGCUACUUCCAGCUGAAGGCCAACCCAGGGGCUUGGAUCCUCCGGCUGAGGAAAGGACGCUCAGAAGAUAUUUAUCGGAUCUACAGCCACGAUGGCACAGAUUCUCCGCCUGAUGCUGAUGAGGUCGUUGUCGCCCUCAAUAAUUUUAAGAGCAAAAUAAUUAAAGUGAAGGUUCAGAAGAAGGCAAACAUGGUGAAUGAGGACUUGCUGAGCGACGGGGCUAAUGAGAACGAGUCUGGAUUCUGGGACUCUUUCAAGUGGGGCUUUUCGGGAGGACAGAAGACGGAGGAGGUGAAGCAGGACAAAGACAACAUCAUUAACAUCUUCUCUGUUGCGUCGGGCCAUCUCUACGAAAGAUUUCUCCGCAUCAUGAUGCUCUCCGUUCUGAAGAAUACCAAGACCCCUGUGAAAUUCUGGUUCUUGAAGAAUUAUUUGUCCCCCACUUUUAAGGAGUUCAUCCCCUACAUGGCCAAGGAGUACAACUUCCAGUACGAGCUGGUGCAGUACAAGUGGCCCCGCUGGCUGCACCAGCAGACGGAGAAGCAGCGCAUCAUCUGGGGCUACAAGAUCCUUUUCCUGGACGUGCUCUUCCCGCUCGUCGUCGACAAGUUCCUCUUCGUGGACGCCGACCAGAUUGUGCGGACGGACCUGAAGGAGCUCAGAGAUUUCAACCUGGACGGUGCCCCGUAUGGCUACACCCCGUUCUGUGACAGCCGGAAGGAGAUGGACGGCUACAGGUUCUGGAAGUCGGGCUACUGGGCCAGUCACCUGGCCGGCCGGAAGUAUCACAUCAGUGCGCUCUAUGUCGUGGACCUGAAGAAAUUUCGGAAGAUCGCAGCUGGGGACAGACUACGGGGACAGUACCAAGGUCUGAGCCAAGACCCGAACAGCCUCUCAAAUCUUGAUCAAGAUUUGCCCAAUAACAUGAUUCACCAAGUUCCCAUCAAGUCCCUCCCUCAAGAAUGGCUUUGGUGUGAGACGUGGUGUGAUGACGCCUCAAAGAAAAGGGCCAAGACCAUCGACUUGUGUAAUAACCCGAUGACCAAAGAGCCCAAACUGGAAGCCGCUGUCCGGAUCGUCCCCGAGUGGCAGGACUACGACCAAGAGAUCAAACAGCUGCAGAUCCGCUUUCAGAAGGAGAAGGAAAGGGGAGAGCUGUACGGAGAGGAGCCAGCGGCGCCGCCCCGAGAAGGGCUUACUCCUGGCUCUGUGCUCAGGAAUUACUCCUGGCAGGCUCGGGGGACCGUAUGGGAUGCCGGGGAUCGAACCCGGGUCGGCCGCGUGCAAGGGCCCCAGAAGCGGGAGGAGUUGUGAUCUCCGGUGGAGGCUAGGAGAUGGCACCGUGAAGAACAGUUUUCUAUUAAAUGCUAGUUUUUUGUCCGAUCUGUCUAUCCAACUGCUGAGAGACUGGCCGGGCAGGUCCUGACUCCGACCCCCGCUCCCGGGCGCCCUGCACCUUCGGAGUUUGGGCCCCGCGGGGGUUGUGCCUCAGAGGACGAUCCCGUGGCCGAAGCCCCGUCUUCUCUCCUAAGGACCGUGUCUCACCGGAGGAGAGAGCGGCACAGACAACCCGACAGCGCAAGGCCUGUGGUGCCCACCUGAGCGUGCGUGCAUGCACAUGCGUGUGCGUGCGCACACACACACACACACACACACUCACACACACACACACACACACACUCCACACACAAGUACAGACACAUACCUGCACGCCACACACAAGUACAGACACAUACAUGCACGCCACACACAAGUACAGACACACACAUGCACACCACACACAAGUACAGACACACACAUGCAUGCCGCACACACCACACAAGCCACACACACACAUGUACGCAAGCACUCACGCACUCACACACAAGCACACACAGACACACAAAGACACGUGUGUGUGUGCGCACACAGACGCGCACACACACGCACACGCGCUAUCACGGAGCACGGGGCAGCCCACCCGCCAGCGUUGCCCUGUUCUUUACCUCAGCGGACGGGCGGCGGCGCUCAGCUUGCGCCUGUGCUGUGCGGCCGCCUCAGAGUGUCUGCCUGUGCUGUCGCCCGGCCCGUGCUCCCCCCUCAGCGUUUUGUUUAUUGUUGAAUUGAAAUCCAGCCACCAAUCAUGUGUCUUCAGGGUUAACUCGGGGCAGAGGGAUUCUGUGAUGGAGGGGAGGUGAUUUGGGAGGAGGGGCGGGAGAGCGUGGGGAGGGCAGGAGGCCUGGGGUCGGCCGUCGGGUUUCCUAGCGCACCAGGACUGUGGUGACGGGUCUGCAGUGAGGGCGCUGUGCUUGUUCCCGCCCGGCUCCCGCCAACUUUUUAGGUGAUUGUUUUGUAAAUGAUUUUUGUAUUUGGAAAAAAAAAAAACUUGACUUCUCCUUUCCACUUUCUUAUGAAACCAAGUCUGUCCUGGAUUCCCUUACGGAUACAGCCAUAGUUCACCUCUGGUGACGCGCCCGCGGGGCCCCACGGCGUCGCCGCCUUCGCUCUGGACUUUUCUCUCGGACCCGGGGAGUCCGCUCGGCCUGUCCUCCCCCGAAGCCCGUCGGUUCAGGCACCAGGAGCGAGUUGACUGUGUGACGCGCCUGCUUCCCCUCCAGCCCCGUGCUGUCGGGGCGCCCCUGGCCUGCAGACGUUCCCUGCGCCCCUCCUGCCCCGCUGCCGCCUGGCCCGCCGCUAGCUCUCCCACCAGUGCUCCUUGUGUCUUGGCUUCCGCAGCCCCGAGCGGCCCUUCUCACGCCACCGUUUCUGGGUGGGGCGGUGCCGGCAGGCAGCCGGGGACUCCGUGUCUGCUGGCCCGAGUGGGUGGGCCUGGCCUCAGGGACCAGCCGCUGAGAGGCCCCCACAGUACGUGCCUCUCCAGGAAGCUUUCCUUUCCCGUCUCCUAGAAACACAGAUGUGAAGACAGGGCUGCAGGUGGUAGGGAUGCCCUCGGCCUUCCAAAGCAGAGUGGGAUUUGCAGUCGGUCCUAAAAAUCACAGUCAUCACAGCACGUCAUUGACAUGUGUCCUCCCCGUGUCGCAGUUAGCUGAGCAGUCUCCCGGCCUGGGAUCCUCUGAGUUUGCUUUCGUAACUCCUUUAAACAUUGUUGAAGAGAAACUCAUGAGAGGUUUGGGGGAUCCCUUGACCUAAGACGGAAAAGGUCCCUCAGAGCGAGCGCGGUGGACAGGAGCCAGCGUGGUGUGUUCUGUCUGUGAGAACGGUUUCGAGGAGAGAACCCGUGAGAGCAAAAAACAUUUGUCCCAGGAUCAACUUAGAGCUUAUUAAAGCCUCAUCGAGGCUCGCAGUGACCUCUUCUUCUGUGUCCCUCCGUGGAUAGGACUAUGUGCCGCUCUAGUUUGUGUUCAGGGAUAGUGGACGGGAAAUGCUGAAGUUCAGUUGUUGCUUCCUUGGGAUGCAGAGGCCAGCUCUCCCUCUCUCUCCCUACCAGGUCCCGUGCCUGGCCCAUGUGAGGAAGGUGCAGCAUAAGAUCAGCAUGUGUGUCCCCGUGGACCCUUACCUGUCACUGCCCUCAGCAUAAGUCUUGAAUAGUUUAAACGCACAGACUUCUGAGAUGGUCUGGGACUUCCCCUGUCCUUGGUUUGUGUAGGUAGUCAUUCACAGAAUUACCCUCCAUGCUCCAGGAAGCAGUCGCCACUAAGGUUUGAUCUCGGUCAGCUUUGUUCAUUGUCUUUACGAAAGCAAGUCAUGGCAGAGAAAGAGAAAGCUCCCCCCCUCCCACCCCCUCCACAAACAAAAGAUCGGUGGCACUGGAACCAGAAUUCUGGAAAUGUACCAGUGCAUUGUUUUUGUCAUCAUUUAUAUGUAAUGACGUUUUUCUCAUGUUACAGUGGAAAUUUUUCUUUCUGAACCAGCGCCAGGAUGAUAGGAAAUAAUGUGACAUGUCAGAGUGACGUGUGACAGGGUACGCAUUUAUGUUCUGUGAACAGAGGUAAUUGAUUGACAUCAAAAGCUGUGGCAAAGGCUGUGGGAGUUCCCCCAAGUGUGAGGUUCCUGAAAUUGUGUUCGUUUGUAGGGUUUAAUGUACAGUGGGGAGGACGUUUGCCUUGCACGUAGCCAACCCGGGUUCUAUCCCUGGUAUCCCAGAUAGUCCCCUGAGCACUGCCAGGAUUGAUCAGGAUGUGCAUUCCAGAUGCACUCGUACAGAUGUUUGCCUCCCUCGCAUGCGGGCCCUGUGUCCACCAACCCUCUCUGGGGCGCCACAGGCUGGGCCUAGACUAAGGAAAGAGCUUCCUUGGCUCUGCUGUUUGGAUCCUGCUUGUGUCUGGUUGCAGGAACUGAGUCCCUGAAUGAAAGCUCAGAGCUCAGAGGGGCUGCGGGUUUCAGAGAUGACCCCAGCAGUGAGGAGGAAGAAAUCCCCGUUUCCUGGCUGGAAGUUGCAUUUGACUGACACUAAUUUGGAACCGGUCAGAUACACCACCUCAGAACAAUGAACAUGAUGUGAUAAUUGGGAGAAAAUUUGGGUUAUUGAAAGCAGUUCCUCACUAGAAAUUAACACCGUCAUGCAUGACUCGAAGAAGUAGCCAGAGAGUUAUUGGGGACUGUGUGCUUUUCUGAAUGGAGGCCUACUGCUUGACAAAAUUAAACCUUUCACGGAGACUUACAAUGCUGUCAGUGGUUCCUCGUGCACAUGCCCAUCUAAAAAUUGUAUGGAGAUGGGAAUGUUUUGGUCAGGUGUCCAGAGGGAAGCUCUUGGUGACGAAGCAGUGAAGGCUGCAUUGGGUGCAAAUAUAUCUCUACAAUUCCAUUAUGUGGUUUUAAUAAGUUCUGAAAUAUUUGAUUUUAUGGGGUCAUUUUUUCAUGGGGUGAUUAGGUUGGUCGAUCCAAACCUAGUGGACAUUUGGAAUAAUAUAAGGUGGAAUAAUGUUUUUAUAUAUAAACUCCUGUUUUCACUACUUUGACGUAAUGAGAAAAAUAUCUUUUAAAAUUAAUUUAUUUUUUAAUUAGUGAGUCACAGUGAGGGUACAGUUACAGAUUCACACAUUUUCGUGCUUGUGUUCCCCUCAUGCAAUGUUCGAGAGCCCAUCCCUCCACCAGUGUCCAUUCUCCACCACCAAUGAACCCAGUAUCCCUCCCACCCCCCCACCCCACCCCGCCCCUGUGGCAGGGCAUUCCAGUUUGCUCUCUCAUGAGAAAAAUGUCUUAAUCAGGACUUCAGUGAUUACCUGAUGGAAGCAACCAAAUGAAACCCCGUUUAAUUUGGAUUGUUACUUACAGGUUGUUAUUUUAAAGUAUUUGGAGGGACCAGUUUCUCCUUCAUUAUUUCAUCUUUGAUCGCCCACUCUAACAUGAACGUAACACCACCAGUGGACAGUGGAUAGUCGGUGUACUGAGUCGGAGAUCUCUGCACUGGUGGUGUUGCGUUUACAACAAUAAGCUCUAGAGCCCAGAAUCGCCUUUCAGUGGCUGCGCGCUUCCCAGAGUGACGCGGGAAGAUCGAACUCCCUGGUAGUGGAAGGGCGAGACCAGCAUCUGAGUCUGUCCCGAUUGGCAAAGCAGAGGCCAGAUGUGGAAGAUUCAGCAGGCCCAAGUGUGGGCAGGACCUAAGGCCUCUGUGGAAGGGGGGGAGUUGGCGCUGAGUUUGCCCGGUGGAGUGCUUAGCUCACACCCCGCCUGUGAGUGACACCAUUGCCUUGUCAUCCCGACACAGGAAAGGGCAGAAUCGCUCUGCAAAGUACAUAAGUCAGCAGUUGGAGAGAAAGAUGAUCGAGCCCCAAGCUUCCAGCAUUGUCCUUAGUGGUAGCAAGACCAAGAGGGUGGGGGUGGGCGCAGAGGGGGGAGGAUGAGGAAAACAUUAGAAUCCUAAAAAAAACCAAACAAGACAAAGUACUACUAAACAAACAAAUAAAGGACCCUGUUGCCCUGUUAGUAGCGUCUCUCUCCCUCUUCCCUUCCACCAGACCCGCGCAGGUACAGGUGCUGCCCCUUGGAAGCGAGUCUCUGAGUUCCGAACGUCAGCAGGGCCCUCCCUCCGCGGUCAGCGGAGCUGAGCACGAGCACUUCUGGUACUGUAACGAAAACAAGGUCUGUCCAACACAAUAAACUGUUUCUUCUCCUCUUUCAA